AUGGAGUGGAACCAGAGUGAAAUCACUGAAUUCAUCCUGCUGGGAUUUGGAAAUCUCCAUCAUCUGCGGAUUUCCCUGUUUCUGGUAUUUCUGGUGAUCUACAUCUUGACCAUGGCCGCCAAUGUCCUCAUCAUCCUUCUGAUAGUGUCUGAUCAACAUCUUCAUACACCAAUGUACUUUUUUCUGGUCAACUUGUCCUGCUUAGAAAUGUUCUGUAGCUCAACCACUCUACCCAAAAUGCUGACUUGUCUCUUGACAGGGAACAAGACUAUCUCUGUUCAAGGAUGUUUUACACAAGUUUAUUUCUUACCUUUUUUUAUUAGUACAGAAUGUUAUCUCCUUUCUGUAAUGUCCUAUGAUCGUUUCUUAGCUAUUUGCAAGCCUCUCCAUUAUGCUACUCUUAUGAAUAGUAAAUUCUGUAUCCAGUUAGCUGGUUGCUCUUGGAUCAAUGGCAUAUUAUUUACUUCUCUAUAUUUGUUUUUGAUAUUACAACUGCAUUUUUGUGGUGUCAGUGAAAUUGAUCAUUUCUUCUGCGAGUCUCUUUCAUUGCUUAAAAUCUCAUGCAGUGAUAUCAGCUUUGUAAAAUAUGCCAGUAUAGUCCUGAGUUUUGGAUUCACUUUCCCUCCUUUUCUUUUGAUUCUGAUCUCUUACAUGUACAUUAUUGCUGCCAUUUUAAAAAUCCCAUCAGCCAUAGGCAGACAAAAGGCCUUUUCCACUUGUUCUUCUCAUGUCACAGUUGUUUCUGUUUUCUAUGGGGCAUUAAUCAUUGUAUACCUUACACCAAAGACUAAAGCAAUCAGAGAGCUUAACAAAUAUUUUUCCCUGAUGUAUACUGUCCUGUCACCCUUAAUCAAUCCCUUUGUUUAUAGUCUGAGAAACAAGGAUGUCAAGAAAGCUUUGAGGAAGUUCCAGGAAGAUUUUAGAAGGAAAACUGCUAAAUUAGAGAUUUAA